CAUACGUUUACUUUACUUUACUUUCUGUCGGCGUGUCAUAACAUUUUACUUAUUCGUGUCGGAAAUUACUAAAGUAAUAUAUAAGUUUUGUGUUAAUUUCUAAUUGUAGUAUCAAUUGGUGUUUAUAUAACAAUGCCAGACAUAGAAAAGCUGUCGGUUGAUCUGUACACAUCUGAAAAAAAUGGUAGCGAUGAGACUGGGGAUGGUUCAACAGAGAAACCAUUUAAGACAAUUCUCCAAGCUAUGCGCCAUGCUGGAAAAGAACCAUUUCCAACCAUAUAUGUUGACUCAAAAGAUGACACUAAAACAUAUGAUGUAGCUGCUAAAUCCCAGUUAAAAAAGAUUCAAAAAAUCUGGCUGAGGGAAUCUUACAAGGCAGCAGAUAAAGCUAAGGCAGAAGAGGAGAAAGAUGAAAAGAGAUUGCAAAACUUGGAAGAGGCAAAGAAGAUAAUCUUGGAGCAAGAUCCUUCUUUGCCUAAAGCUAAAAUUAUAAAAAUCUUUGAAGCUGGAGAUAACCGUGGAGAUAGAAUAUGUGUGCGUGGUUGGGUGCACCGUUUGCGGCGUCAAGGCAAGGCUCUCACUUUCCUCACGCUGAGAGAUGGCACUGGCUACCUGCAAUGUGUCCUACACGGAGUACUCUGCCAAACGUACAAUGCUCUAGUACUUUCUACUGAAUCUUCUGUUGCUCUGUAUGGAAAACUAGAAGUUGUACCUGAAGGAAAAGUUGCACCAGGAGGUCAUGAGCUGACAGCAGAUUACUGGGAGCUUAUCGGUUUAGCACCUCCCGGUGGAGCUGAUGCUAUUCUGAACGAGGAUGCUCUUCCUGAUGUUCAAUUGGACAACAGGCAUAUAAUGAUUCGUGGCGAGAACACAACGAAGGUGUUGAGAAUGAGAGCAGUGGUUACCCAGGCGUUCCGCGAACACUUCGCGUCUCGUCACUACACUGAGGUGCAACCGCCCACCCUUGUGCAGACCCAGUGUGAAGGCGGCUCUACUCUGUUCAAGUUUGAUUACUUUGGAGAACAGGCGUACUUAACGCAGAGCUCUCAGCUGUACUUGGAGACGUGUCUGGCGGCACUGGGCGACGUGUACUGCAUCGCGCAGUCCUACCGCGCGGAGCAGUCCCGCACCAGGAGACAUCUGGCAGAAUACAGCCACGUGGAAGGUGAAUUCCCUUUCAUCACAUUUGAGGAGCUGUUGGAGAGGAUCGAGGACUUGGUGGUGGAUGUCGUAGACAGGGUGCUAGCCUCCCCUGACGGACAGCUGGUGUAUGAGCUGAACCCGAACUUUAAGCGACCACAGAAGCCGUUCAAGCGCAUGACCUACAUUGAGGCCAUUGAAUAUCUGAAAGAGAACAACAUUACCAAAGAUGAUGGAACUUUCUAUGAAUUUGGAGAUGAUAUACCAGAAGGUCCCGAACGAAAGAUGACAGACGCGAUCGGAGUUCCAAUCUUGCUGUGCAAGUUCCCAGCGGAGAUCAAGUCGUUCUACAUGCCGCGGUGCCCCGAGGACGAGCGAUUGACCGAGUCCGUGGACGUACUGAUGCCGGGCGUCGGGGAGAUCGUGGGCGGCUCCAUGAGGAUAUGGGACCAUGAACAACUUAUGGAAGGAUACAAGCGCGAAGGAAUCGACCCCACCCCAUACUACUGGUACACAGAUCAACGUAAAUUCGGCUCCGUGCCUCACGGUGGCUAUGGUCUGGGGCUGGAGCGGUUCCUCUGCUGGCUGCUCGACAGAUACCACAUCCGUGAAGUUUGUCUGUACCCACGUUUCUUAGAGCGUUGUACUCCAUAAAUUAAUCAAAAUAAUAUUAUCUUUAUCUUUAUUUAUUUCGAUUUUUAUUUUAUAUCAAAAGCCAUGUUUUUUAUAAUGUUAAGUUAAGAAGUCUCAUUGUUCUAUUAAAAAUAUAAUUUUAGGCAUUUACUGCUGCAUUUGCUUUUUCUAUAAAAUUAUUACUCAGUAAUUAUUUCAAUAAUGUUGCAGAUUCAGAUUGGUUUAUAUAAAGUUUCUUAGCUAAGCAUUUUAAAAAUAUUGAUUAUUUUUGAAACUCUUUGUGUAAGAUGUGCACCAAGAGAUAACAAGAUAAUUUUCGUUCUUUUGUCUGUAACGAAAGAAACCAUAAAUAGCAUAAAUACUCUUUUGUUACAAUUGGAAGAGAGAAAAAAAUUACCUCAUUGCCUCAGCCUAUCACCUGAUAGGCUAAGCAAUUGAGGUCUGGCAUAAUAUAGAUUGUGUACAGUGUUUAAGUUUCUUCAAGUAGUACAUACUUUGUACUGAGAAAUAUAGAAUUCAUUACAUGUGUGUAUUCCAUGUGUAUGGAAAAUUACAUUUGUUUUAAAUAAAUAAAUUAUGUUA